GAGCUAUGGCUAGACAGAGCAGCUGGUCUCGACGAUCCUGCUCUGAUUCUUCCCCCAGAUCCGGGGAGCCGAAGUGCGGCCAAGCGCAUCACGCAUCAGGAGCUACUGCAGGCUGUCUUGCAGCUUGCGGGCGCCCUGCGUGAACUUGGCGUCAAUCCUGGCGACAUCGCUGCGCUCUGCCUUCAGCGAAGCUUUUCGCAGGUCAUCGCAAUUUUUGCCGUGUUGGCGGCAGGAGGUUGCUACCUGCCCAUCGAUGCCCACGCGCCCAGCGGCCGAAAGAAAGCUUUGAUCCAAGACAGCGAAACUUUGCUCGUGAUCUCAGAGAAGGCGCUCCCAGAUGCCGGGCGACUUGCCUUGGAGCUGGGGCUGACCUACGUUGCCAUGCAGCCUACAGUGGCCAGCUGCUUCAAAGUUGUACAUGAGAGCCCCUUGCACCGGCCAGUCGUCAGCGGUGAACAGAGGAGGCCGUCGAUUUCGGAUCCGGCCAUGCUGAUCUACACCUCUGGGACUAGUGGUGCCCCAAAGGGCAUCAUAUACGAUCAUCGCCAUCUGCUGCACGGUGCUUGGUUCUGGGCUGAGGAGCACGGAAUCAACGACAAGUCCGUUCAGUUGCUGAAGUCCCC